AUAGUAUCUGGUUUUGCGUUUGAGGAUCUGUCACUCUUUCAUAGCUAUAGUGAAGCAGAGUCUCUGUGUCACUUAAAAUGGGAAGAACACCAUGUUGUUCAAAGGAGGGUUUGCAGAGAGGUCCAUGGACAAGAAGAGAAGACACAUUGCUCAUUCAAUAUAUUCAGUCUCAUGGUGAGGGCCAUUGGAAAUCUGUGCCAAAGAAAGCAGGACUUCUUCGAUGUGGGAAGAGUUGCAGGCUGAGAUGGAUCAACUAUCUCCGACCAGAUAUUAAGAGAGGUAACAUAACUCCUGAUGAGGAAGACCUCAUAGCGAGGCUUCAUUCACUUUUGGGAAAUAGAUGGUCUCUAAUUGCAGGAAGACUCCCUGGUCGAACCGAUAAUGAGAUCAAGAACUACUGGAAUACCAAACUCAGCAAAAGGCUAAAGAACUCUGGUAGUACUACAAAAGGUGCAUCAAAACCACUCAAUAAGGAUGAUCAAGGUAGUGAAGCAAAAGUGAAGGUUCAUCAACCAAAGGCCUUUAGAGUUUCUGCAAACUCAAUGUUAGCUCAAUUGGGUCAUCAUGAUGCAGAGGUCUCUAAUGAUCUUCAUGAUCACAACCAUUUUGGAGAUGCUUUGGUUUGCGAAAAUGUGAAAGGUUUUGAUGAUUUUGAUAUGUAUGAAGAAUUUCAGCAGCUUCUUCACAAGGCCGAUCAAGAUUAUGAUGGUCCUGAUUUGGACUCUUUUGUUGACUCCUUGCUGAUUUGA